CCCUGCGCCAGCCCACUGCCGUCAGACUUUUCUCACCCCAGUUGUUCCACAGGUUUCAACACCUACCGUCCCAGUGAGAUUGCGGGUUCCCAGACCGAGGAGGUCUGGUCGGUGGGUCAGGGGGGGUUUUUCUCCCGCUCUCUUUCCCUCUCUCAGCACCCAGCUCAGCAUGCCCCAGCCCCUGAGCACCUCCACAGCUCUCCCAGCUCCACUACCAUGUGUAGAUGGACAGUGACACAAGGUGCAGCGGUCGCCUGGCUCUCCUCCUUCCCCUGCCGCGGACCUCCAUCACUCUUCUUGCCCCUGAGCUUUCUCCUGCUGCUGCUUUUGCUGGGACCCUCCUCUUCGUCAACAGACUCUGAAAGGAACCAUGCGCCACGGGCGACUCCGACGCCACCUUGGCGGGAGCCUCUUCUCGCAUCCUCCGCAAGGUUGCCAAGGGCGACCAACGUGUCACUGUCGUCUGCGACGGUCGUCGGGCGACACGUGCGAAGCAGCUACAAGCAUCUACAGGGAGACGUUCGCUGGAGGAAGCUGUUCUCCUAUCAAAAAUUCUUCCUUCGCAUUGGCAAGCAUGGGAACGUCAACGGCACCAAAAGAGAGGACGAUCCGUACAGUAUUUUGGAGAUCAAAUCUGUGGACGUGGGAGUGGUGGCCAUCAGGGGCCUCAGCAGCAACCAUUACCUGGCAAUUAGGAAGAACGGUGUUCUGUACGGAGCGAAGGACUUCGGUCCUGAUUGCCGUCUAGUUGAACGCAUCGAGGAAAACAAGUACAACACCUACGCUUCUGCAGAGUGGAGGACCAAAGCAAACAAGAGCAUGUUUGUGGGACUGAACGCCAAAGGAAAGCCGAUGAAGGGAAGGAAAACGAAGAGGAAAAACCCGUCAACUCACUUCUUGCCCAUGGUGGUGCCGCCACGGUGAUGGGAUGUAUCGGCAAACUGCGGGACAUUUGUUGGCGCUACAGUGAUGGCCACAUGGGACAGAUCUGAACCUGGUCUGUAAAAUGCACUGAGAAGGAAACAAAGUGAAAUAUUUGGAGUGGACUGCUUGUUUGGAUGAGGACACUUCUAUUUUUUAAAAGAAGAAUAUAUAUAUCAGUAUACAAUGUAUAUAUUAUUUUCAGUUUUAAGUUAUAAAGUACACUGGCACAAUGAACAAAAAAAGAAAGAAACAUUUGUGCCAAAAUGUGAUCGAAUUAUUCACAUUUGUAGAGUUGUGAAGUGCAUGAAAAAGAGAUAAAGGUAUAUUUAGAAACCUGAAGGAAAGCACCGAAGGGAGAAAAUAACUUGUUCCUGACAACACCAAGACGAAUCUAACUAUAUCAUGUCUCUUCCUCCAGAUUUAUUUAUUUUAUGUUAUAUUUAACAGAAACAAAGAAUAGAAGACAUAUUCUAGUCUUUUUUUCUACCAUUUAUGCUUCUCUUUUUAAACUACUAAUCAAUUAAACCUGUAUAAAUAAAAAGAAUAUAUUUGUCUG